AUGGUUCAUUUACAAUGGGGCUUAUAUGCUUUAAUACCAUCAUUGAUUAUAUUAAUACUUGCUUUCUUAUUUUUUUUUAUAAAACGACAUCGUGGUCAUGGUUAUUUUCUUUCAAAAUUUUCUGCUUUUACUCGUAUACGUUUUAAUCAUCUUGAGCAAAGACGACAAACUUAUUGUCCGGCAAAUCAAGAUUGUCAAUGCCAUCCAGUAGAUUCUUCUUCACAUAUACAACCAAAUUUAUCAUGUACACAUCGUUCACCAACAUUAUAUAUGAGUUUUGCUGGUGCUGCUAUGAUUGUUGGUGGUGUACGUACAACAGAAUGGUGUGGUUCAAUAAGUCAAUUGCAUGAUCAGACAGAUAAUUCAUUUGAUGUAUUAUUUUUAACUGAUCCAGCACAAUGCUUUUAUUUACAAGAUCCAGAUUAUAAAUGGCAAGGUUUAAUAUAUUAUCGAAAUUUAGUAAAAACUUAUUCCACACUUUAUCAACGUGUUAUUUUAAUUGGUGCAAGUCUUGGUGGUAGUAUGGUUUGUAUGUGUGCUGAUUUAGCAACUAUAUCAAUUGCAUUUAAUCCAGUAUUAGAUCCAACAUUACUUGGUUUACCAUGGCGUAUAAUGGGUGCAUUUUGUCCAGCUCGACAAGCACAAGUUAUUCGUGAACAAGUACAAACUAAUAUGGAAAAAAUCAAAUCGGAAAAAGUCAAUCAUAAUUGUGUACUUCACAUACAUUGGAGUCAAUUAUCAGCACCUGAUCAAAGACAAGCUCAUCGAGUUGUUGGUGGUGGUAAACAAAAGAAAUCGAGACAAAAAGAAUGUUUAACAUUAGUUUCAGAUUUUGAUAUUAAUAACCCAUGUCUAAGUAGUCCGGUAGGUGUUUAUGUAUGGUUUCAUCGAUGUUCUCGCCAUGCAUUAGCAAUGCACUUAAAACGUAGUCGUCAAUUAAUACCUUUAUUACGACAUCAUUUAGGUGUAAAAUCAGAAAGUAUUCCUCAAAAUACUAGUCAAGAAAAAGAAGAAGAAGAAGAGCAAGCAAAACAAUCAACUGUUAUUGAUAUGUCAACAUUAGCUGAAGUUAAUGAUACAAACGAACAUGAAGUUCGUGUACCGUUGAUUUAA